CAAGCGCACCCAAGACAGACCUCUUAGUCGUUAGCUGUCUCGAACAAAACCGCCAGGGAUGACGUCCUCGAAACAUGCAUAAAGCGUUCCUGCGUCGCGCGCAGUGCGGCAAAGAGUCCGUCCAGUGCCUCCUCGUCUGAUCGGUGCUUGGUUAUCCGCCCAGGUCCGCAUCUCCUGCACACAGCCUUAAAGCGUGAGACCACAGCCGCAGUUUUCCUUUUAGGUCUUUUUUUGUUGUUUCCUUCGUCUUAUGUAUUGACUGCCCUAGGAGACCGUUCUUGUUUCUUCUUGGCCCUUAGGAUAUUAUCGUUGGCGGUGAAACAUUGAACAUGAUUUCGACUCUGGUCCCGCUCGUGCUGGCGACCGUUCCAGCCGUCCUCGCCCAAUCGUCGUGCUCGGCGCCGGAGUUAACUGCGAGUUACCCUGCUCCAACACUUGCGGCCGGAUAUGCCGCGCGGCUUGUCGCCAGUGGUCUGCAGCGGCCGCGAGGUAUCAAAUUCGACACCAAGGGUAGACUUCUCGUCGUGGAGCAGUCCUUGGGCAUUCAAGCCAUCACUUUCAAUGACUAUGGUGGCGACUGUUUGAGCGUCAAAAGCAAGGACGCUGUCGUGAAUGACGACCAGCUAAAUCACGGGAUCGAGCUCUCAGGGGAUGGGAGGACACUUUACGCAUCCACGUCUGACGUAGCGUACAGCUACGAUUAUAAUCCAGAUGACCACUCCACCUCAAAUCGACGGACGCUUAUCACGGGUAUGGACAACCCGGACCAUUCAACGAGGACGCUCUUGCUAUCGAAGAUGGCAGACGGAAUGCUUCUCGUUAGCCGAGGAAGCGCCGACAAUUAUGACGCUGGCGCUGCUUCUCUGUCCACUGGAAGGUCACAGAUUAGGGCAUUUAAUAUCAGCAACCUGACCAGCUCCGACACGUACGAUUACACAACUCAGGGCUUAAGGCUUGGUUGGGGCUUGCGCAACUCCGUCGGCAUAGCAGAGCAUCCUGAAACCGGUGGUAUCUAUAGCGUAGAAAAUAGCGUCGACAACGCGGAGCGCCUUGGUCAGGACAUACACGAAAACAAUCCAGGCGAGGAGAUGAACUUCCACGGAUACCUCAACGGCACACAUUACGCGAGCCAAGGCGGAAAUUACGGAUACCCCACCUGCUUCGCUGCGUGGAAUGCCAGUUUGCUUCCGGAUAACCAAGGGAUAGAGACAGGAACGCAGUUCGCACUCGGCACGCCAAAUAACACGGUGAACGACGAUGUCUGCAAGAAUGACCAUGUUGCCCCUCGCCUAACCUUCCCAGCCCACUGGGCUCCAUUAGACAUCAAAUUCAACAGCAAUGGCUCCGUAGCGUACGUGACUAGCCACGGCAGCUGGAACAGGGACAACCCAGAUGGCUAUCUCGUUUUCGCUCUCGAGUUUGCCAACGGCGAGCCAACGCAUCCAGCGAACAGCACGGACGCCAUCCUUCCCAUCAUGUCGAAUGUGAAUAACUCGGGCUGUCCGGAUAACUGCUUCCGCCCCGUCUCACUCGCGUUCGACAGCAAGGGCAGGCUGUUCGUCAGCGCGGACUCGAGCGGCGCUAUCUUUGUCAUCACUAGGGCAGAUGGCAGCUCGGUAGAUGCUCUGGGCAACGCAACAAGCACGUCAAAACCAUCCUCUGCAAAUGGUUUGAUCGUGAAUUCAGGCUGGGCGCUGCUUCUGGGCGCUGCCGUUGCGAUGGUCUUGGUGCUAUGAUCCUGAAAUAUGAGCAAGAUGUGAUUAACGCCUGUAGAGUGGACGUAAUAUAGUCUCGGGGAGACCGGCAAAAUCAAUCAUCUUCAAUUACUGUAUUUUUUUUUAAAAAAAAAAGAUAAAAAUUUUAAGGCACCGUGAUCCAGUAAGAGAAAUUUCUCAAUUUUUGAUUCAAAAUCAGCUUAACUACAACAAAUAAAUCUUCAGUGAUGUGGCAAUGGAAUGCCUAUUGUCGCCCAUGUUCAUUGUUUUCAAACCCUUGUCCAGAUUGUGAAGUGUCCGGGUAACUCCUGUUGAC